CAUUUGCUGGUGGGGAGAGAAUGUACAAUGUCCUGUGUAUGUUACUCAGAAUGGCCUCUUUGGUUCGUUACAAGUAGGAAUGCUUCUUUGUCGGAUAAGUGUUUCUCUCACCAUUGUUUCACUUUAGAAUGGCUGAUAUGGUAAUUGUAUUCAUUUGUUAAUCAAUGGGGAAUGUUACUGUGUCUUGUGAUGCUGGGAAUUUGGGGGAGGGGUUUUUUUCGCGGUUUUUUUUUGGUGGAAGGGAGAGGCCGAGGAAGACGCUGAGGAAGGUGGACAUGUGCUGGACUGCUCGUAAGACCACCGGGGUGGUCCCAGAUGUAAAAAGAAUAAAAAGUGGAAAUAAUGGACAUCACACUGCUGGUAAAAGAUGUUGAAGAUGCAGUAAUGAGGAACAAAGAAAUAAAGGACAAAGUAACGCUGCCUGGUCCUGCGAGUAUUAUCUGCAUCUGCAAUAUCUUGCUUUCGAUUUCGACUCCUGCGCAAGUCCCUGUCCCCGGGAGAUGGGUUGGAACUACCAGCUGCUGAAUCUCGGACGACGUGCGGCUUGGAGGACCAGCUCGGAGGACCGUGAGGAGAGCGCCUCGUUGUGGCUCAGGGCAAGGCGGUUGCAGUGGGACUGCAGGACGGGGGCGGAUGCGGAGUUGGAGCCGGCUGUUGUGUGGAAGCUCGUACGGUGGGUGACUGGGCUCCCUCCGGAGCUCCUCCCGCGACCUGUCGGCGCUGAGGGGACAACAAGCCGCUACCGUCCCCCCCGUCCGCCGAGGGUAGGGGUCCGGCACCCGGUCGCCACGCUACCUGUAAAGCCCCUUGGGGAGAGGGGGCCGGGCCGGGCCGGCAGCGACACAAUAACCCGGCCGAGAAGCAAAAGAAUACACCGAGGGAGGAUGUAAAGGGAACGGUUCUGAAAGAGGAGGAUUCGGGGCAAACGCUCUUGGAGAGGCCGGGGAUGGGGCAGCAGCAGGGCCGCGUCGGCGGCACUGCUCUCGCUGGUGCUAGUGGAGAGACAGCCCAGCCAGGCAGGGGUAGGGUUGGCACGGCGAGGCCCGGACAUGGGGGUAGGAGAAGAGAAGCAAUAGCCAGGGGCAGUGAGGCCGCCUGCAACAUCUUCACUCACCAUGAAGCUUUGCACCGUCCAUUUGGUUCUGACAUUGAUUCUCAGACGUUGAAUGAAGCAGUGAGGUGGAGUUCAAAGGAAAACCUCCUUGGAGCUGCUGAAAGUGAUCCUAAUCUGUUUGUUGCACUUUAUGACUUUGUUGCAAGUGGUGAUAACACACUAAGCAUAACUAAAGGUGAAAAGCUGCGUGUGCUGUGCUAUAACCAGAAUGGUGAAUGGUGUGAGGUGCGCUCAAAGAAUGGCCAAGGAUGGGUCCCCAGCAAUUAUAUUACACCUGUAAAUAGUCUGGAAAAGCAUUCCUGGUACCAUGGUCCUGUCUCACGCAGUGCUGCUGAGUACCUGCUUAGCAGCCUUAUCAAUGGAAGCUUUCUUGUCCGAGAAAGUGAAAGUAGUCCAGGACAGCUAUCUAUAUCUCUCCGCUAUGAGGGGCGAGUUUACCACUACAGAAUCAACACCACACAUGAUGCCAAGGUGUACGUAACAGCAGAGAGUCGUUUUAACACAUUGGCAGAGCUUGUUCAUCACCAUUCCACCGUGGCCGAUGGGCUGGUCACAACCCUGCACUACCCUGCUCCAAAAUGCAACAAGCCCACUGUUUACGGAGUUUCUCCCAUACAUGAUAAAUGGGAGAUGGAACGCACUGAUAUCACGAUGAAACACAAACUAGGCGGAGGGCAGUACGGGGAGGUAUAUGUUGGCGUCUGGAAGAAGUACAGUCUUACCGUAGCAGUUAAAACACUGAAGGAGGACACAAUGGAGGUGGAGGAAUUUCUGAAAGAAGCUGCUGUAAUGAAAGAAAUAAAACAUCCAAACUUAGUCCAACUUCUGGGUGUUUGUACUUUGGAACCCCCAUUUUACAUCGUUACUGAGUACAUGCCGCAUGGGAAUUUACUGGACUAUCUACGUGAAUGCAAUCGGGAGGAGGUGAACGCUGUGGUGCUCUUGUACAUGGCUACACAGAUCUCUUCUGCCAUGGAGUAUCUGGAGAAAAAGAACUUCAUUCAUAGGGACCUCGCUGCUCGCAACUGCCUUGUUGGUGAAAAUCAUGUGGUGAAAGUUGCAGACUUUGGCCUGAGUAGAUUAAUGACUGGUGAUACAUACACUGCUCAUGCUGGAGCAAAAUUCCCAAUUAAAUGGACUGCACCAGAAAGCCUUGCCUACAACACGUUCUCAAUAAAAUCAGACGUAUGGGCAUUUGGAGUGCUGUUAUGGGAAAUUGCGACCUAUGGGAUGUCUCCAUACCCAGGAAUUGACCUAUCGCAGGUAUAUGAUUUGCUUGAGAAAGGAUACAGAAUGGAACAGCCUGAGGGCUGUCCCCCCAAAGUCUAUGAAUUGAUGAGAUCAUGCUGGCAGUGGAAUCCCAUGGAGCGGCCAUUGUUCGCCGAGAUCCAUCAAGCAUUUGAGACCAUGUUUCAUGACUCCAGCAUUUCAGAAGAAGUUGCAGAAGAACUUGGAAAAACUGCCUCUUCGACUGUGAUUGCCCAGCACUUUCAGUUACCAUUGCUUCCAACUAAAACCAGAACACUAAAGAAAAGUGCAGAAAAUAAGGAAAAUAUGGACAUGGAUCAUCCUGCUGUAGCUCACACGGCAGUGGCAGGAACAAGUACAGCCCCAUGUAGCAUCUCCCCAGCACUGCCUCGCAAGCAGAGAGAUAAAUCUCCCAGUGGACUUCUGGAUGAUAGCAAAGAGACCCUGUUUACUCGAGAUAGGAAAGCUGGUUUCUUCAGUUCCUUCAUGAAGAAGAAAACUGUUCCUAUGCCACCGAAGCGCAGCAGUUCCUUUCGUGAGAUGGAGAACCACCCACACAAAAAAUAUGAGAUAACGGGUAACUUUGCUUCUUUCUCAUCUUUUCAGCACUCUGAUGGGCUUACAUUCGUUCAUUCACAUGCAGAAGGGAAUUUCACACAGUCUAGAUGUUGUGGAAGGGGUUCUGUGCAAAGAAAUGGUGGUGUAACUAGUGGAGGGUGGGCAGGAUUUGCUGGAUUUUUCACUCCUCGCUUAAUAAAAAGAACACUUGGCUUAAAACCAGGGAAGUCUUCAAGUAAUGAUGAUUCAAGCUUGGAAGCCACCAAACCUUUUCCUCGAUCAAAUUCUACUUCUUCCAUGUCUUCAGGGCUUCAGGAACUGGAUCGUCUAGCCUUAACCCUUCCUAGAAAUUGCCACCGCAACAGAAUUCAACUCGAGCAUCCAAUGCCCUACACUUCCAAAGAGGAAGGACCAGGGAGAUUGACAGAUCCACUGCACAGAAAAGCAGAAGAUGGAAUUGCUUCAAUGAGAGACAAGUCAAAAGCAAAACUUUUGGCAAGGUGUGCUGUAGCACCAUCUCUCAAGCAACACCAUACAGGCAAUGGAGAUGCUGAUCUUUCCCAGAACAUCAACAUAGUACCAGUUGGACAUGGAGAAACUAAUAGUAAUCAUUCUGGUCAACUAGCAAUGAAAGAGGAUAUGGAGAAGACAAGUUGGUCUUCACCAGUAAAAGUUUCUACAAUUCCAGCAGCUCAUAAUCAUAAGGUACCUGUUCUUAUAUCACCAACAUUGAAGCAUGCUCCUGCGGAAGUUCAGUUGAUUGGAACUGAUUCUCUUGGAAACAAAUUUAAACUCCUGUCAGAGCAUCAGGUUGCAUCAGAGAGAGAGAGGCCAAGGCUUGUGAAACCAAAAUGUGCACCUCCUCCACCCCCACCUUCCCUAAAACUAUUACAACCACCUCCUAGCACUAAUUUCAACAGCACAGAAACAGUGGAGGACUUGGAAAGUGUUUCAGCAGCACAGCAGGAGAGUGAGGUAAAUGGUGAAGGUAGCAAACGACCAACAAUAGCAGUGUUUGGGAAGAUCCCUAGGCCAUCUGUUCCACCCCCUCAAGUGCCUCCAGGUUCAUCCAUUCCCACGGCAACUUCUUCUAAACUUGCAAACGGUUCCUCUGUAUCUACAGGUGCUCGAGUUUCCUUGCGAAAAACCAAGCUCCCACCAGAGAAGAUGCCAACAGAAAAAAUCAGUAAAGAAGCAUUACUGGAGUGUGCUGAGCUUCUUUCCAAUGUUAUUGACAGUGAUUCAGAGUCCACUUCUAACAGCCAGUUAGUUGAAGCAGGACAUCGGUUGCUUGAUCAUUGCUCUGGUUACGUGGACUGUAUCACUCAAAUGAGAAACAAGUUUGCUUUCCGAGAAGCUGUGAGCAAAUUAGAGCACAAUCUGCAUGAACUUCAGGUGUCAUCCACAGCUUCUACUGGACCUCCUACAAACCCUGUGCUCAAUAACUUACUGACAUGUGUUAGAGAGCUAAGUGAUAUUGUACAGAGGUAGCUGAGAAGGUUUGUGAAAGGUUUACCGACUUGUUUAUUAUCUGAAGUACCUCAGCAAAUGUUCAGCUCUUUAAUGUUUACAGAUUCAUCUCUCUUUGUCAGUUGAGUCAUGAGUAGAGCUGUCUAUGCAUAAUCAAGACUGCAGGAGGGGAAGGGAAUUGUCACCUUCAACAACAGUUAGAGGAUUGGAAAAUUUAUGGAAAUAGUCCAGAAACAACUUUUUUGGGCCUUGGCCCAAUUAAGUUCUUUUUGUCCUCCUGGACAGUCCUCAGGGACUCUUAAACUUUGAAGAGCAAGUUAAUCUAAAGUGUGAAGAUGUGAUCAUAAUUAAAAUGAAUUACAACAGUGUAAUCGUUAGGUUUAAUUUGAAUUUUUGUAUGUACAUACCACAGAAAGAGUGUGUACUUAAGGCAAUUUGCUUUCUUGUUAUGUCACUGGCUAUUAGCUUCACAGUGAGAACCAAUUUCCAGGUAUCCAGCUAUCAUUCACCUGGUGCAUGCUGUAAGUACACCAAAUUUAGAAGGAUAAAUCCCCUGUGCCAUACCAGGUGUUAUUCUAUAGUUGAUUUUGGCAUAAUGUGAACAGUAAUGCAGCCACUUAUUAAUCUUUGCUGCAUGAUUGCGGAAUAAAACUCUACUUGCCCUUCGUAUCUGGUAAUUAAAUUGCCAAGAGCAGUUUCCUCUUGAAAACAGCAGAGGGCAUCAACUAGACAAAAUUGUAAUUUCAAUUGACCAAACUUGAAUUUGGAUUGAUAAUUAUUUUCGUAACCCCCAAUGAAACAAGUCUUCACCUCUGCAAUGCUCUGUAUCUUUGUCAACAGUAUUGGAAUUCUAUAAGAAUGCUAUAUCCAAAGUCCCUCAGAACUGUCAUGGAGUUUACGACUUACCUCUGUUGUUGCCUCUCAACGCAGACUUCAUGUUUAUAUUUUUGGGGAAUGGAGAAAAAAAUGUUAUGCAGCAGAAUCUGCUACGACUCGAGAAUGUGAAUUGUAUUACCUUUUGAAUUGCUAAGUGAAUCUACUGUGUUUGCUGUGAGUGUAGAAAAUGGCAUCCCUAAUCAUGGAAGUGGAUAGUAGGAAAACUACUACAUUCAGUGUUUGUAACAAGAAACAUUUACCCAUAGCCCCACACCCACCACAUGUAAUCACCCUGAUACAAAUAACAAAGAAAAUGCAUACAUAUCAGAAUCACUUCUUAAGCCAUUUAUCUUGAAGAGAUGCUCUAAGUUAUCUUAAUGAAAUUUAUUCAGUGACCAGGAGUGCACAUGUAUUGCAGUUGUAACAGUAACUGCUAAAAGAAUACAAAUUCUUAAUACAAGCUUAUGCCCAUAAAUUAAAAAUAGUAGGUUUGAGAAAUAACUGGAUCCCUUCAUAAUUUUGACAAGUUCAUUUAGAUACUUUAUAAAUAUCUCUUUAAUUUUUAAGAUGAGCACAAUGAAUGGCUAAUCAAUCCAUACUUAGUAUCACGUGCUUCUUUGGCCCAUCUUACGUUACUGUUUCUGAAGAUGUAAUUGUCCCUUUGAGGCAUUUUAAUUAUACUCAUGUUACUGGGGAAUAUUUUUUCAUCUUCUACAAUGCUUACCCAGGCACAAUGCUACCACUCAAACUAGCCCUAUGCAGGUGCUUUGGUCUAACACAAGAUAAUUUCUUGUAAGGUUUUUUUUAAAUGAGCAAAUUUGAAGAAAAUUUUGAGGUUUAUCUAUGCCCACACCAGGGUGGCGAAGGAAUGAGCUACAAUAAAAUGUGCAUUUUAAUAAUGGGAUUUGAGGCUGACCACAUAAACCAGUCAAUAACGUAGUCACCCUUCCUAGUACAUUGUCAGAUUGCAUCAAAGAAACAUGCAUCUUUUUGAAUCAGGAUCAUGAAUCAGAAGCAAAACACAAAACCCAUGUUUCACUUCCCUCACAGCAACCAUCAUGCCUGGUGGGACUACGUUUUUGUGUAGAAAGAUUGAAUAACUCUGCUGUGUCCAAUGAAAUACAGAUUUGUCAUUUAUCAUUUGUGAAUGCUGUGAACAUCUGAUCAUGUUUGCAGUAUUACCUGUGGACUGUCGUUUCAGACUAUCAGCUGCUGAUAAUUUGCAGAAUUAUUCUGUGUGCAUUGAUACCAAAGGUCAUUUGGUUCUGUAUUUUUUUCUGUGCAAUUUAAGCUGGGUCAAACUCACUUUUGAUUUCAUAGGGACUUCUGAAAUUAAAAUUUAUAUUUAUAGUGAUGGUAAUUUGGUAUACAUAACAGAUGACCCAGCUGUACGGGAGGCCAAAUCCGAUAAAAUGAUUUGGAAUAGUACAGUGAAGUCACACUGUCUUAUAACCAGGCUUGUAACUUUGCUCUUUACUUUCCAUUGUAAACUUCUGUAAAAUCUCAUCGACUCCCUCACAAUUACUCUAUUUAAUCACCUUCUCGUCAUAUUUAAUUCUUCAGUGAAGAUCUUCAAAAUGUUUUUUCUUGUUCAGCACAAAGCCAUUUGUGGAUUUGGAAAUAAACCUGAAACAUCAAUCCUGCUAGCAAUGGGCAUCUAUUAAAUUAGUAAUAUAUAAUCAUUGGAAUUUCCUGGUUUGUCCCUCCUGAUAACCUCAGCUGAUAGUGAUGUAAUUGCUAUAUUUAGCCACAACGUCUUUUGUGCCCUGUUGAUCACUUUUACAGAAGGAGCCAAGGGUCAAAUCCCACUUCCUGUCUCUUUUUUAAAAAAAGCUUGAGCCCUGAAUUGAGAUAAAUGAAAGAUUAAAUGCUGCUGUGGUAAACACUGCAGUUUUGAGUCUAAAGAUGAAAGUUUAAUAAGCCAUUAUGAAACUUAUGCAGAAUUAGGGAAUAAGUGUCAUGAUCCUUGGCAAGACUUGGAAAAAUAUUGGACUUCAAGCCACAGCAGUGAGCCUGGAUUGUAGGAUAGGUAUUCUGUUCAUGGGAAUAAUACAAUAUAGAUGCGAUAUGGCAGAUUUGCUCUCUUUUCCACCAGCACAGAGGUCAGAAAGGAGAAAGCAUUUUUAGACUUAAACAAAAUCAGCAAAUGUUGGAGAACCAGUUAGUUAACUACUUUGGGUUGAUGAUCAAAAGGUCAUCAACCCAAAACAUUACCUGUUUCUCUUUGCAGGUGCUGCCUGAUCUGGAGUAUUUCAAGCGUUUUCUGUUUUUUGCAGAUUUCCCACAAAUGCAGUUUUAAAUCAAUAUGUAGCAGAGAAAAAUCCUUCAGCGUUUUGAAUGAUUUCAGCAAAGCUCAGCGUGUGGUAUACUUUUUGUUUUGGAGCAACAAUUCACAGUUUAGAGUCCUAGAACUUGUACUUCCACAAUAACUUAAAACCAUAUAUUAACCAUAUUGCUUUGCAAUAUUUUAUCACAAUGACACCAUGGCAUUGCAGAUUAGAAAUGCAUAUUGUCAGAUAAACUUUAAUUUGCAACCUGAGUCUACUGUGAGUAUAGCCAGUAGAGUUUAUAGUGUUAGAGUUAUUUGUAUAAAUGGUUAUUCACAGUUCACUUUGGUUAUUUUUCCUCCACACAUCAUCCAAGUUGCAGCUGAAUACUGUACAUCUUUUAUGGUGAGGAUAAGAUAUUAUACCAAUAUUAGUUUUAUCUGAGCACAAGCAAAUUUUAUUAAUUUUACAAUGCAAAUUUAAAUCUGUAAUAUUCAAUGUAUAGAUGCAAAAAUUCUGCUGGCUUUUAAAACUGAUUUAUUUGAAAUUUAACAGCAGAACAAAAGUGCGAGUUACCUGGUCAGCCUUCGUUGAAAUGUUACUGGAAAAGCAUUUAUCUUCUCAUCCACAUUUACAAGCUUAGUUAUCAAUAGGAGUUGGACAACUGUCCAGAUUUUGAAGUGAAGAACACCAUUAGGAAAAGAGUCUGUGACUAUGAAUGUUCGGAAUUACUACUGAUUUUUUUUUUGUUUUAGCAGUGCCACUUACGAAUUUAUCAUUGCAGUACUGUACUUUUGUAUGCCUUGUCAUUGAGUUACUCUGAUAAAAAUGUAAUCUUUCCUAUUCAAGGAAUGGGUUCAUCUUAAAUCCGAACUGCAGCCUUGUUUAUGAAAUGAAUCCAAGAGCCUGUUUUCUUCUUUGCAUACUGAAAAAAUACCUCUUUGUGUGUAUUAUGUAUUGUGGGGAGAGUGGUAAAUUGGGAGGAUUGGGUAGCAAAUUGUUUCAUAACAUACAGUAUAAAUGUCAGAUUUUACCUUGAAGCAGAAAUGAAUUUAUCCCAGCCUUUUAAACACUAAGAUUUGUAAAUAUGUGAAUUACCAGGGGUUUAGGGGGUGGCAGAACUACCCCAGAGUGAACACAUUAAUUGAUACAAGCAGUAUUUUGUUUUUUGUACUAUAAAUAUGUUUGAGUUUGUAAUUAAAUUAUCACAGAAUUAUAAUUCAAUUGA